CUCUCGUUCGUCCGUGUGAUCUUUGGGACCCUGGUGGUGGAUCAGCAGGAAUAACAACACAGCAGAGAUCAUUAGAUCAAUAAUCGAGAGUAAAAAAAAAAAGAAGAAAAAAGGGGGGGAUCAAUACAUACAUGCAAGGAGGAAUCGCGAUUGAACCGCGGGUCUUCUGGCGGACAAACGGGAGAGAGAAGCAGAUCCAGAUUGUUCCUCAGUGACUUGUUUUGGGACAGAAGAGCCGAGGUGGAGCUUCUGCCUCCCGAGCUAGCCGGCUAACGUGCAGCUUCAGUGGUCCGAAUUUGCACGAAAACUGGGACACGCGGAGCUGGAAUUUGCGUGGACUGCAUCGCCCCAACCACCGUUAUUGUUUUUAAACCAUCCGCAUACAUAAGAAGUCACACUGAGCAUUUUUUAGUCUUCGCAGACCUAGCCGGUUAGCUAGCUAGCUAGCUAAGUAGCUAGCUCAAGCGAAGGACCGAGUCGUCGGCGCAGCCUUAAGCCGACUACUGCGCGCUUUCGGUCAGCUAACACCCGGCGCCAUGCCGCGGCUUGAAAGCGGCCUCCGCGAAGAGCUAACACCAGCCAGCUAACGCUAGCCGACCACGGCAGGCCGCUCCGGACGUGGUGAACUCGAGAACCUUUUUAUUUUAUUUAAAAAAAUCUUUUGUGCCAUUCACGGGACUUUUGUUUUCUAUUAGCCCAAAUGUUGGCACUAGCUGGGGCCGGCUAACCUGCUAACUAGCUAGCUAGCGCUUUUGGGGAGCGAUGUAAAGUCAACGGUAGGUCGGUUGUUGUUUACAGUGGGCUAGCAUGUCGCGGUUAGCCUGGCAGUGGGAAGUCAUUGUGUGCACAUCAAGCCGAGGUACGUGUUUUCGUUUCGUUCGUGUGUAAUAAACACGUCAUAACUCAUCAUAUCGCCACCAUAAUUCACCUGUGAGCGUUAGUAUCAGGUUGUAACCUGUGCAGGCACAUGACUGAGAGCCGAGGGUGUUCUGGGGCUUGUGUGAGGUCAUUUGGUUCGAGCCACAUUGUAAACAAGCCUGACUUGUGUGCGAUAUCUUUUGCAAGCUGUCGAGCACAGUUUCACUCAGUCACCGGGGGAGAUUGGCCUCAGAGGACUGGCUGCACGCUGACACCAAAGAGGCAAUGAUGGCUGUUUUUCUCCUGGAGGCACGACGACACCCAUCGGCCAUUCAUUCAUGAUUGAUGCUCUGUGAGGGAGGCAGACUGUCCCACCACUGCACACAGCCGACUGCCAGCACAUCCUCUUUGAACCACUCAUGUAACCCGCCCCUGGCGAGGAGAAGGACAGACCUGAGGGACAGUUUUGAGCACUUUUACCCCCCCCCCCAUCCCACUGUACACCUCACUGGAUGGGAACAUGAGGCGCACGCCCUCUGACCUGGCCCGGCUUCCGAGUAGCUCGAUGGCGGCGAGAGAGGCCCAGUGACGCGCGCAUCAUCCCGGCGAACCAGGAAGCGCCGCAACGGCUGCAGACAUGAGUCUCCGCCAGCCCACCUCCACGCUGGACAGCCCGUUUGCCGCUUGGCUCAGCAGUCUGACCAUCGGGGACUCGGAGCGCAAAUCCUCUGCCACCCAGCAGAGGGAGCCGACGCCCGACGUCCCCACUGAGAUUACAGGUCCUGGCCUCAUCCAGAGGUGUGUGGUCGUGCAGAAGGACCAGCUCGGAUUCGGCUUCACAGUUUGUGGCGAGAGAGUCAAGCUCGUGCAGAACGUCCGACCAGGUGGAGCAGCAGUCAAGGCCGGAGUCCAGGAAGGCGACCGCAUUAUAAAGGUGAACGGCGCGUUGGUGUCCUCCAUGUCCCAUCAGGAGGUGGUGAAGCUCAUCAAAUCUGGAACGUAUGUAGCUCUGACACUACAGGGGCCUCCCCCGUCAGCUGCCUCUUUGCCCUUGGAGCCCCUCCCCACCGACCUCACACCCAAUCAAAGAACGUCUCUGGCUGGGGAGGCUCCGCCUCCUCCACCUCCGCCCCUGCCCUCUGGACUGAGCAGCAACUCAUCCCAAAGAAUCACUGGACCCAAACCACUACAGGACCCAGAAGUACAAAAACAUGCCUCUCAGAUACUCAGGAAAAUGCUGGAGCAGGAAGAAGCUGAACUGCAGGAAUUGAUGGAGGAGCACUCGAGGAACCCCUCGCCGUCGCUGGAGGAGCGGAUCGAGAGUGCGAAGAGGCGAGCUCACCAAGUCAGGGUGAAGAUUCAGGGAGAUGUGGAGGGAACGCGGUCAGAAUCGAUCACGAGCUACGUCAUGGCAGGAGAAGGUCGACUCUCAGUGGACUCGGGCGAAGGAGACGUGGAGGCCUUUGAAAGUCCCCACUCCUCCCCCUCAUCCUCCUUCCGGACCACCCCCCUACACCGACGGCAGAACUCCGACACACACACCCUCCCUGAUUCGGGCGGAAAGGCCCAGAUCAUCGGCCCUGAAGAAGAGGACGAAGAUAAUGACGGCUAUGCAUUUAAUGAGAUGGACGGUCCAUUCCAGGACAUCGAGCUGUUGAAAUCACGGCCGGCGCACAUGACGGUGUUCAUGAGAUACGUCUUCACCCAGCUUCUGGACCCCAACCCCCUGCUGUUCUACCUGUCGGUGGAGGCCUACCUGGGCUCCAGUACGAAAGACGCCCGCGCACUUGCACCCCAGAUCUGCUCCCAUUUCCUGGACCCGGAUGCACCUCUGAAAAUCAAAGUACGAGAGGAGUAUCUCACGGAUAUCGAGAGUCGACUACACGCCCAGGAGGACAUCAGAGGACCUCUGUCCGAGCUGCAGCAGCAGGUGCUGCCCGACAUCCAGGACCAGAUACAGGACUACAGGAACAAGCAGAUGAUGGGUCUUGGCUCUCUGUUUGGAGAAGGAGACCUGCAGCACCUGGACGGGGACCCGGUCAAAGAGAGACAGGUGGUGGACAGACAGGUCACCGCCCUCUGGGAGAUAUUAUCAAAGCACGAAGAAGACCGAAGUUCUCCUCUGGCGUCGGCGGUCCUCCUCUACCUGCGCCACUCCGGCAUCAAGCUGAGAGACUCCAAGGUUUUCCCCGGUCUGAGCACAGAGAAGGAGAAGUGGCUCGCGUUCUUGAAGACGAAGAAGCUGAGUGGCACCAGGAAGGAGAAAGAUGGAGAGGACAAGAAGAGAAAUCCCAUCCUGAAGUACAUCGGCAAACCACGGACCACAUCCCAGUCCACAUUCCAUGUCCCGUUGUCACCCAACGAAGUCCGUCCGGGCAGUGUGAGGAACAUGAUUCAGCAGUUUGAGAACCACACGGAGACGACGGGAGAGGAGGGAGGCGACGCCGCCGCCGACCCCCAGAGGCUAUCGUCCAGCAGCCUGGGAGAAGACAGCAUGGACAGCAGCCCGACGGUGUCGGUGCGUCUGGCACGCAGCGAGUCGCUGAAGGCCCAGGGGGAAGGGCGUCGGCGGGGCGCGGCGGCCUCGGGAACGGAGUCUGUGCCCCGCUCACGCAGCGACGUGGACAUGGAGGACUGUGGGGAGGAGCGGGAGGGGCCGGGCCUCAGGCCGCUGCAGCACAGCGCCUCGUCUUCGGCGUCCAGCAGCUCUGCACGGUCUCUAGAGAACCCUACACCCCCAUACACCCCUCGGUCUAGACGCAGGAGCGUGGACUCUACGCUGGCCCUGCUGCCGGACGCGGCGGCGCUGGAGGACGAUGUGAGUGACGGUCAGAACUGGCAGGACACGGUGUCUCCUCAGCUCCUCGCCACGCUCAGCCCGAGGGAGGUGGACAGACAGGCUGUCAUAUAUGAGCUGUUCACCACCGAGGCGUCCCACCUGCGGACCCUGCGUGUCCUGGACCAGGUCUUUUUCCAGAAGAUGAGGUCUGUGCUGAAUUCGGAUGAGCUGGCCUGCAUCUUCCCCAACCUGCCCCAGGUUUACGAACUCCAUGCUAGUCUGUGCGAGGCGAUGAAGAGGCGAAGAGAAACUCCCAUCGUUCAGGACAUCGGGGACGUCAUGCUGGCCAGGUUUGAAGGUGCAGCCGGAGACGAGUUUCAGGAGCAGGCGUCCCAGCUGUGCAGUCAGCAGUCUCAAGCCGUGGAGCUCAUCAAGAACAAGAAACGCAAAGACCCCCGCUUCGCUCACAUUAUCCAGGAGUGUGAGGCGAGUCCACACUGUCGGCGGUUGCAGCUCAAAGACCUGAUGGUGUCCGAGAUGCAGAGACUCACCAAGUAUCCUCUGCUGCUGGACAACAUCAUCAAACACACAGAGGCCGGUUCGUCGGACCUCCCCUCGCUACAGCGUGCCCAGGUCUGUUGCCGGGGGAUCCUGCAAGUUGUCAACGAGGUCGUCGGGGAAACGGAGCAGCGGCAACGCCUCAGCCAGUACCAGCGCAGGCUGGACGCCGCCCCUCAAUUCAAGAGUCUGGACCUGACCACAAAGAGAAUGAUCCAUGAAGGUCCUCUCACCUGGAAAGUGAGCAAAGACAAGCAGAUCGAGAUCCAGGCGCUGCUGCUGUCGGACUGCCUGGUCCUCCUCCAGAGGGGCCCGGACGACCGGCUGCAGCUGCGGUACCCGUCCCGCUGGCUGGGCGGGGGCGGAGGGGGAAGCGGCGACAGCAAGACCUCCUUCAGCCCGGUGGUGAAGCUGGACUCACUGCUGGUCCGCUCGGUAGCCACAGACAACAAAGCGCUGUACGUCAUCAGCACCGCAGAGUGGCAGAUCUACGAACUGGUGGCGGGGACGUCAUCGGAGAAAAACACAUGGAAAGAUUUACUUGAAAAGACCGUCCCGUCAGCCGACGGCUCAUCACCGCUGACCAAUCACGGAUCCAACCCCAUACCUUCCCCCAGUGUACGCAGUUCAUCCCCAGUCUCAACUGGCAGCAACGUCUAUACAGACACCUCGAUGGCGGAGCAGUCGGACUCCACGGAGGCUCAUUCCUCCAGCAACGACACGGGGCUCUCUGACAGCGCGUCCGCUGACCAAUCUGGAGCUUUAGUCUGCGGCGAAAGACAAGCGGUCUGCGUGGCUGAGGCCGCGUUACAAGACGUCGAAACGCUGCGGCGGCUCAUCCUGCGAGACUUCGAGGAGGACGGCUGGAGCCACGACUCCGACGACACGCCCACCAACGAGACGGCCAACGAAGGGAGCUCGCUCACGGACAGGCAGCGGCCGGAGUCCAUGGAGACGGUCCUCAGCUUCGGCACCAACGACUGGGAGGCCGACGCCGAGGAGGAGGCGGCGCCCUUGGACGCGGAGCAACCCGGCGUUCAGGUCGUGAGGAAAGCUGUGGUUGCGGGUCCUCCUCCUCCUCCUCCUUCUUCUUCUUCUGUCCCUGAUGAUGUCGCCCUCCCCUCCGACCAAUCGCCCAAGCCGAGAGGAAACACUUUCUACCUGGUCAUGCCGACGGAGCAGGGAGAGAGCGUCGCCGACGACGACCUCACCGACCCUCCCACGCCCACCGCCACACACUUCCCGCAGCCUCUGGAGGAGAUGAUGUCACCACGGACGCAGCAGGAGGAGACGCCCGUCUGUGAAUCGGAGGCUACGCGAUUGGAACGGGAAGAGGAAGAAAUGGGUCAAUCGCAGGCAGGGCACCAGAGUCACGUGAUCAAAAACGUGGACGAGAUUUUCCACACGAUCGAGGGGCUGACGAGCAAGUUGCGCCAGCUGAAGGAUAUAGAGACGGCUCAUCACGAGCUUCUGAAAACCAUCACGGAGCCCCCUGUCAGUCAGGAGUCAGGGGACCAACAGUGUCACUCGGCAACAGUCUCCAGGACGCCGUCCCUGGACCGCGGCUCGGGAGACGGAAAAGAAGGAUGUCCAGCAGAACCCAAGAUUCUGUCGACGGGAUUCUGACGUUGCUCUGGAGCGGAUUUACUUGCAGUCGUUCACUUUUUGGCACACUGACCUACUGUCAGACUCGAACCCAUAGCCCCCGCCUCCCCCCCUCGCAUGCACCGACCAGUGGAGCAGAACCUGAGGAAAAGGACCACGUCCGUUUUUUUUGUUUUCCCGGGACACCGAGAGGCUGGUCGGACUUAUCGGGGGCUUCCGAGGUCGACUAGGCGACUGAGGAGCAAGUAUGAAGGAACAAUAAAAAAAAGAAAAAGGCAGGAGACAAGUUGACAAGCGGAAGAGAAGAGGGGAAAACAAGUUGGUAGAACUGAAAGUUCGUGAAGGAAAAUGAGUUUGUGUGGCUUUUUUUAAGAGCUGGUUGAAGAAAAACGGAGCAGGAAAGUGUUGAAAUGUUAAUUUAAAGGAAAAUAAAUCCAAGGGACCAUCACCCCAGCACUUUACUUUACCCACAAUGCAUCCCUCUGUCAUUGUACAUUCUCUACAGUGGACAGAUCAGGGACUGGACCCCCCCCCCCCCCACCUCACUUCCACUGGUUGCUUUACACUGAGUUCACCUGCCACUACGGCCAAAGGACUGUGUCUAUAUCAUUCAGGUUAUUUGCACUGGGUAAGGAAAUCUCUCAUACACACACAAGCAUCAUUUCAGCCAGAAACACUAGUUCAGUAUCUCAUUAUCAUCCCCGGAACAACGUACAAGUUCCACGUGUACGUUGUGGGAAAACCCGACUGCACUGUUUUAACUACUGAAAUGCUGGCAGGUUCUUUUUUUUCAGCGCCGCAGGGAUCUCGGCCAUUCGCGCCGCUUUUUCCCCCCAGUCGUGUAAAGUCGUUGAGGUUUCCGGGCGGGCGGGCGGGGGGAUUUGGGGGCUAGAUUCAAACGCCGAAGCCUGAAUUUUGCCAGUGACAACCCGUUUGUUGCUCAAUCAAGUUGCUGCUAAAUAUCGCCGCUGACAUCGCCGGACGACAUUUUCUCUGCGUGUGUGUGAAUGCCACAGUAACUGCUGUGAACCAGCAUCUAAUUCAUCUAAUACAUACAUACAGUGUUUAUAUCCCACAUCCAAAACCAUGAAACGAGUCUUUACCAAGGAGCUUUUCCAAUGAGAGAGAUCCCCCCACCGUGAACAGGUCAACUUAUAUUUAUUGGGAGAUAAGAAAAAUAAUAAUUGUAUGAAUCGAGGACACGCAGUUGGAUGAAAUAACUUUAUUUUGCUCUUUUUUCCUGCAGAGUGAGAAGAGAGGAUUGUUCCCACAAAAAGCACAUUACAUCUUCGGUUGUUCCCCCAGAGAUUAGACCAAAAAAAGAUGCAGCAUGAUGAAGGAUUUUGUUAAGAGCUGUUCUGAAGGCAAAAGCGGCCUCAUUAUGCUAAGCUAAGCUAACGUGCUGAUCCAGACGCGGUGUUGAUCUCAUCGUUUGACUCUUUGCACGAAGGCGAAUUAGCGUAUUUCCCAGGAGUGGUCUGUCCUUGACGCUCAGCAGCGUUUUGUGUAGCCAGUAAAGACUCGACACUGUUCAUCCCUCUUCACGGAUCUAACACUAAUCGAUGCAAAAGAAAGAAAAUGCAUUUGUUUCCUUAAAAAAAAUAGAAAGUACAAAUGGCUCCGAGAAAAGACGUUCUGGCAGUUUUACGCGUUUUCUUUCGUUGUCUCCUGAAGCUGAAUCACACACUGGACUGACUUUUUUUUAUUUGAGCCGGUUUCAAAUACUAACGAGGAGCGUUUUCUUUUCUUUUCUUCGUGAGCUGCCUGACGACAGACACACCGCAGAAGAGCCAAUCACGUUUGACCAGCCACUGAGAUCUACUUCUUAAAGUGAAGUUUCGCUGCCCGGUGGUAGUUUUUCCGCCUCUUUGGACGGAGAAGAGGCGUGUGACUUGUUUUUUCCCCCCCCCCACGCAUGUACAGGUUUUGUUUUCCGGAGAAUUGCAACCGCUACUAAUCACCGGGGGCGGCCCGACAUUCCCGGCGGGAGAAUAUGCGCUAAACUUUCAAAAAAACGUUCUGACCAAAGUGAAAUUUCUCCUCGGAGGUGUUGAAGGGAACAUUUUGGCUGCUUUUUGUCCAUGAAAGGAAGAAAAAAAACUGCAAUAUUAGCAACUUCACCGUAAUUUCGGCUUAUCACCCGGUCUGAGGUGGUUGAAUCAAAAUGAGCAUCUAUUCUUUCUUCCUUAAAACCAUUUCCAUGCGUCUUAUUUCCUCCCUAAUCUCCAAUUUCUACCUCUUCACUUCAAUUUCUUUGUACCUUCAACUAUCUCUUUCUUUUUUUCCCUCAUACCUGGACAUCAGCGUUGUGGCCGUACCUGGAUGUAAAGAAGCUAUAAAUGAUUCCUUAAAAAAGAAAGAAAAAAAAAAGUAAUGUUGCACAAACAAAACUUCCCUGCACGGUGCAAACUACUGUAUGCGUACACACACAUCUUUAACUGUCAUCUCAUUGUCCUCUCUUUGUUUUAUCUUGUUCACUCAUGUAAUAUAGAGAAAUCAGACCCACUUGUUUUAUAUAUAUGUUAAUUUUUUCUUUCUUUCUGUAAAGCCUUAGUCCUAAGUAUUUGAUUUUAUUUUUGUAGAUAUGAUAAAAAAAAGGAUGUAUAAAUUAUUUUCUUCGCCCUUGUUUUUAAAAAUUGGUGAGAUCGUUUAGCUGCACAGACGGAGCUCGUGUUUUCAGAUUCAUGUGUUUUGUGAGAUUAAAAUGAAACUGGAUAAAGAAA